GUUCCAGAAGUAGAACGUGAUAUGUGUUUAAAAGAAUUCCUUGAAUUAAGAAACUGCAUGCAGAAUGUGGUAUGAUUAACUCACCGCCAUGUUUGAUAAAGAAAAGGUCCCUAAAUAUGUGUCAUGUCACCCCUUCACUUGUCUUAGGUGUUCCUCAGGUCGGUGAAUAGUUCUAAGUAGGGGGAAGUGAAACAUGUCAGCACAAGCAUCUUCUUCUCAGUCUUCUGGUUUUGGUAGUUCUGGUGCUCUCUCACAUGUGUUUAUGCAGUAUCCACCUUUAAGAUGCAAAAUCCCAGGAGCAAGAAAUGUUUUCUAUGAUGAUGGUACGAAACAGCUUAUUGUACCCACAUCUGAUCAGGUGUUCUGUUGGAAAACAACUCCAUUCAAUCCAAAUGUGACACCAUCCUCUGAUUUAAUAGGCGAAGGUCCAAUUUUGUCCAUUCGAUAUUCCUUAAAUUUAAAACUUUUGGCUGUACAACGAUCCCCUCAUGAGGUUCAAAUCCAGAACAGAGAGAGUGGGGAUACUUUUACUCAGAAGUGCAGGUCUGAGUCAGAAAGGAUUCUUGGAUUCUUUUGGACAGAUUCGCCGACAUGUGAUAUUGUCUUUGUGAAGACCAGUGGACUGGAGUUAUUCUUGUGCAGUUCUGGAAUAAGAUCACUUCAGUUGGCAGAAACUAAGAAACUGAAUGUGAGCUGGUAUGUCUAUACACAUGAAAGUAGAUUGGUGCUUCUUGCCUCCGGAAUGCAGUGCAAGAGCCUUACAGGAUAUCAGAUUUCAUCCGUAGGAAUAGUCCGAUUGCCAAGGUUUGACAUGGCAAUGGCAAAAUCUGAGGCAAAUAGAAAGCCUGUCCUUGCCGCAGAAGACAUUUAUAUCAUCACAGUUUAUGGUAGAAUUUACUGCCUGCAACUUGAUAAAAUAGCAAUGCAGCUCCAUUGUUACAGAUUUUAUCGGGAUGCUGUGAUACAGCAGGGUUCUUUUCCAGUUUAUUCCAACAAGAUAGCUGUCAGUGUAGUCGACAAUGUACUGCUUGUUCACCAAGUGGAUGCGAAGGUGGUUAUUAUAUAUGAUAUAUUUGCAGAUUCUCAAGGGCCUGUAUCUGCUCCACUUCCAUUAUUAGUUAGAGGUUUUUCUAGAUCAAAUGCUGCAGCUUCUCAAUUGAUGGGACAAAAUGUUGAAGGGCAGGAGGGAAAGGACUCAAAUCAUGGUGAAACAGUCAUAUAUGGAGAUGAGUGGGUCUUCCUUGUUCCAGACCUUAUAUGUGAUAUUGCCAAUGGAGUUUUGUGGAAGAUCCAUUUAGAUCUGGAGGCCAUUUCUUCUAGCAGCUCAGAAGUGCAAGCAAUCCUCGAAUUUUUGCAGAGGAGGAAAUUAGAAGCAAACAAGGCUAAACUGUUGUGUUUGGCGAUGACUCGGACGAUUAUUCUCGAACGACGACCUGUGCCCAUGGUCGCAAGGGCCAUAGAUGUCUUAGUCAACUCUUUCUCUCUUUCAAUAAAAACCGGAAAGCAUCAAGCGGGAUCAAAAGUGGAGAGAAGUUCAACAACCAGUGGUUCUAGUGUUGAUGGUGCUAUUGGCAAAUCCAUCAGUCAAGUAGAAACAUUUGAAAAGUCACCAAUACAAGAAAGUGGUAGUGGCAUGCACGACAAGUCUAUUGUCAAAUCCUCUUCCUUUACGUCAGAUUCUGAGGACAAUGUUAGCUUUGCAGAAAAUAGGGGCAAAUCUAAAAAUGUAGAUUUAUCUAGUAGCGAACAAAAUGGAGGCAACUUGGUGGGGACAGAUUUAUCUGUUUCUGAAGCUCAGCCUUCUGUUGUACGACCUAAAGAUCCUGGACCAGGUAGCACUCCCCUAAGGAUUGAUGAACAGCAGGAGUCUCUAAUAACUUCUGCAGCAAUAUCCCCCGAUGAUCUGUGCUGCUUUGUGUUUGCUUCUGUAGAGGAAGAAAUGGCUGGGGAUGCUUCUUACUUGGUUGCAAUCAUUGUUGAGUUCCUACGCAGUGCUAACCUGGAAAGGUUGAAAGUGCCUUCGAAUAUUUAUGUAUUGAUGAUACAACUGCUAGCACGGAAUGAAAAUUAUGCAGAACUUGGAUUGUUCAUCACGACUAAGAUAAUUGAGCCCUCAAAAGAAGUUGCCAUGCAACUAUUAGCAUCAGGCAGGCAGAAUUUUCAAACAAAGAAGUUGAGCCUAGAUAUGCUCAGAGAACUCGCAUUGCACCAUGACUAUGUCUUGCUACUUGUUCAAGAUGGAUAUUAUCUUGAAGCUUUACGUUAUGCCCGGAAAACUGAGGUGAAUACAGUUCAGCCUUCAUUGUUUCUUGAGGCAGCUUAUGCUUCUAAUGACUCACACCAUCUGGCUGCAGUUCUAAGAUUUUUCUCAGACUUCAUUCCUGGGUUCAAAAGCACUACUGAACACCAAACUUAUGGCCGUUGUCUUGCCGAGAUGAAUACCGUGGUUACUGCUUGAGGCACCUCGUCCUAAAUCAAGAAGUUGAACACUUUGUUCCCCCUUGAAAGAUCAAUUUAGUAUUCAUUCAAAGUUUUGCAAGAUGGUGUGCUUUAUGCAAGCACAUAAAAACCAGAUAAUGCGGGUUACUUAGUAUCAAUUUAGUGUCAAUUCAAAGUUUUGAAAGAUGGUGUGGCUUUAUGCAAGCACAUAAAAACCAGAUAAUGCGGGUAGCUUGUACUAAAAACUGACAUUUAUAAGCUUCAGCUUUUUGGCUGAGACUAAUUAGUUUGAAAUGCUGAGUAGUAGUAAGACGGGGAUGUAAUAAUCAUACUCCUUUUUCGUGUAAUCAUACUCCCUGAUUUUUUCCGCUUUGGAAGUUCUAAAUGUUAGAUUUGUACACUUUUAUUGGAUGUUUCAGGUAUAGGACAGGAAUGAAAGAAAACAUAUGUACUAUUAUGAUGAAGAAAAUGAAUUGCAUGUUUUAAGCUUCA